GAGCGGCGGGGGCUGCGGCGCCGCUGCUGACACGGAUCGGCCGCGGCCGCCACCGGGCGGAGGCUGCGCGGCGCAGACCCAGACGGGCGGCCCCGGAGGGCGCGCGGCGAUGGCGGCGGCAGGCGGGCGGCAGGCGCGGCGGGCGAGGGGUCCGGGCUGAGCUGCGGGCCGGCCCGGAUGGCGGGCGGCGCGGGCUGGGCGGGCGCCCCCGCGGCUCUGCUGCGCUCCGUGCGCCGCCUGCGCGAGGUGUUCGAGGUGUGCGGCCGCGACCCCGACGGCUUCCUGCGCGUGGAGCGCGUCGCGGCUCUGGGACUGCGCUUCGGCCAGGGCGAGGAGGUGGAAAAACUUGUGAAAUAUUUGGAUCCCAACGACCUGGGGAGAAUCAACUUCAAGGACUUUUGCCGGGGGGUGUUCGCCAUGAAAGGGUGCGAGGAGCUGCUGAAGGAUGUGCUGUCGGUGGAGAGCGCGGGGACGCUGCCGUGCGCGCCGGAGAUCCCAGACUGCGUGGAGCAGGGCAGUGAGGUCACAGGACCCACCUUUGCUGAUGGCGAGCUCAUCCCCAGGGAGCCCGGCUUUUUUCCCGCGGACGAGGAGGAGGCUAUGACGCUGGCGCCACCUGAGGGCCCCCAGGAGUUGUACACGGACAGCCCCAUGGAGAGCACUCAGAGCCUGGAGGGGUCUGUCGGGAGUCCUGCCGAGAAGGACGGGGGACUUGGGGGCCUGUUUCUGCCAGAGGACAAGUCCCUGGUCCACACUCCAUCCAUGACGACCUCAGACCUUUCUACACACUCCACCACCUCGCUCAUCAGCAAUGAGGAGCAGUUUGAAGACUAUGGGGAGGGUGACGAUGUGGACUGUGCCCCCAGCAGCCCUUGCCCCGAUGAUGAGACCAGGACCAACGUCUACUCGGACCUGGGGUCUUCGGUGUCUUCCAGUGCGGGGCAGACGCCUAGGAAAAUGCGGCACGUGUACAACAGCGAAUUGCUAGAUGUUUAUUGCUCUCAAUGCUGCAAGAAAAUCAACCUGCUCAAUGACUUGGAAGCCCGACUGAAAAACCUGAAGGCCAACAGCCCCAACCGAAAGAUCUCCAGCACGGCCUUUGGACGGCAGCUCAUGCACAGCAGCAACUUCAGCAGCAGCAAUGGCAGCACCGAAGACCUGUUCCGGGACAGCAUUGACUCCUGCGACAAUGACAUCACAGAGAAGGUAAGCUUCCUGGAAAAGAAGGUGACAGAGCUGGAGAAUGACAGCCUGACCAACGGGGACCUGAAGAGCAAGCUGAAGCAAGAGAACACACAGCUGGUGCACAGGGUGCAUGAGCUGGAGGAGAUGGUGAAGGAUCAGGAGACCACAGCCGAGCAGGCACUGGAGGAGGAGGCGCGGCGCCACCGCGAGGCCUACAGCAAGCUGGAGAGGGAGAAGGCUACCGAGGUGGAGCUGCUCAAUGCCAGGGUGCAGCAGUUGGAGGAAGAAAAUACAGAGCUUAGAACAACAGUGACUCGGCUCAAGUCUCAAACAGAGAAACUGGAUGAGGAGCGGCAGCGCAUGUCUGACCGUCUGGAGGACACCAGCCUGCGGCUCAAAGAUGAGAUGGACCUGUACAAGCGCAUGAUGGACAAGCUGCGGCAGAACCGCCUUGAGUUCCAGAAGGAGCGGGAGGCGACACAGGAGCUCAUCGAGGACUUGCGGAAGGAGCUGGAGCACCUGCAGAUGUACAAGCUGGACUGCGAGCGGCCAGGCAGGGGCCGCAGUGCCUCCUCUGGCCUAGGCGAGUUCAAUGCCAGGGCCCGCGAGGUGGAGCUCGAGCACGAGGUCAAGCGGCUCAAGCAGGAGAAUUAUAAGCUGCGGGAUCAGAACGAUGACUUGAAUGGGCAGAUCUUGAGCCUCAGCCUCUACGAAGCAAAAAACCUCUUUGCUGCCCAGACUAAAGCCCAGUCUCUGGCUGCGGAGAUAGACACUGCCUCGCGCGAUGAGCUAAUGGAAGCCCUGAAGGAGCAGGAGGAGAUCAACUUCCGGCUGAGGCAGUACAUGGACAAGAUUAUCCUUGCCAUCCUGGACCACAAUCCCUCCAUCCUCGAGAUCAAACACUAAGGCACGGGGCUGGCUGCAGAGCAGCCUUAGGACCCUGGGACCAAGGGGCAGACCCUGCCCAAGGAUGCAGGCCUAAGCCGGGCCUCACACUCACACUGUAAAUGUCUCUCUGGCCACCAUGCGUUACGUGUACCCGUGUAUAUGUGGGGAGGCUGUGCACACGAGCGAGGGGUGAGUGGCCGUGGCUGUGGGCAGCAUCCACACGGUUAGCCAUGCAUGCACUUUGUGGCCCCUUUGCAAGGGGCAGAGGGUACUGGAAGUGGGAGGAGACAAGGUCUGCUAUCAGGAGUUACUGUAAAAACAAGAACUGGAAGCUCGUGUUUCCGGUACUGGGUAAAAUGAUUCUACCUCUGGGGAUAAGGAUUCACAUUCGCUCUAGUACGAUGGGCUCUUUCACCCCACUCCUAGUCCCCUUGGGAGUGGGAGCAAAUUGUGAUAUUUCCUAGGAGUUUGAAUGCCCCAUAUUUGUGUCCUCGCCAGCUCUUUGGCCACCUUUCAAGUCCCAGUGUUCAAGCUCAGAGAGGAUGAAGGGGCAUCUGGAGGGUCCACGAGAUGGGGCCCUCACCAAACGCCUUGGCCACCGGCCAGCAGCCCUCUGUGAUGUGUGUGCAGAGUGAACAGAGGACUCAGGUUUCAUAGCAGCUAGUGCGGGGCAUCCUCAUCCUGUACCUAUAGAGUUCAUGCACUCCCCCAUCCAUGCUACCUACCUCCCCGUUUCUGUUUUGGUUUUAAGACAAUGAAGCAGCAUUCACUGCUUCAUUGUAACAUGAAGGGAUAAAAAUGAAGGAGAAAGAGGGUUUGGGACGGGUGUCUAAGGCAGGAGUUGACAUCGGGCAACCAAAGAAAUGAGUUUUGGGGAGGAACACAACUCCCAUCCCAGUCAGUUUCCUUCCCAUGGCUGCAUCUUAAGAUGGAUGCACAGAGAGACCGUCUGCCUGGCUCCCUGUCUUCAUUCUCCAUGCAGCCUGGUGAUGGCAGGCCUGGGUUUGGAUUUCAGAAUCCGACCUCCGGGCUCCACUCGUGUGGCAGCAAGACCGCUUCGUUCCAGCGUUUAGAAACACACCUGUAUUUGGUUCUCAGCCAGGGGAGCAGUCGCUGCACUGGUGGGAGGCGCUUGGGAAAGUUGCAGGAAAACCUUAGUCUUCCAUCCUUCCGACCCAUGGUGGAAAUUCACACCAUGGAUUUUUAAUGGAUCUUUUGUUCUAGGCAGCUGGGAAUAGACAUGGUACUUACCUUAGAGUUUUCCAGUUUAUCUCAAUUUUAUAUGGCUUGUGAUUCAUUUUCUUAAUCCAAAUAUAUAUAAACGUGUGUGGUCUUAUUUUUCCCCCUGCAGUUUCUUGUUUUCUUCAGCACAUCUUAUAGUAUGAGAAGGAAGGUUUGGGCAUGUUGGGAAGGGCGGUGGAGGGGGAGUUGCAGAAAGAGAGGGCAGUGAGGGUGAGGAGAGGGGAUAUGGGGACUUGGGUGUGACACCUGCUUGACAAAGGCAGGGCUGUGGCCAGGACCAACCUUCAAUUCCAUUCCAAUCAGACUUUGCAUUUGUUGGAUCUCGUGGCUUCUUUUUAAUCUUUUGUUGGGGAUUAGUUUCAUGCUGCACAUAAUGGGGUUGCAUUGGUCUGACCCAGGACUUUGGACCCACCCACAUCGGGAAGACUAGGCUAGGCAGUCGGUCUUCUAGGAGUUUCUCAGCCCCUUAGGACGCGGGUCUCCUUGGGCUCCCCCAAGGGUCUGCGAAGAGGCAGUGGAAGAAGGCAUGAGGAGAGGGUCUCUUGAGAAUUUGCCAAUAGAAAGGAGUGGCCACGGCUGAAAGGAACAAGACAGAUCCUGACAUAGCUUUGGCCUGGGUGUUAGGUCAGAAGGAGUACUGGUGCGUGGGGGCCUUACCCCAGGGUUGAGUAUUUUAUAUGUGAAAUGUUAUCUGCAUUGGAAUUUUAGAGAAGGCUGCAGAGGCCUGGGUUACACAGCCUGAGUCAGCGUGGGAAGGAAUCUCUGCCACGGGAAAGGCGGGCGGAAGCUGCUGGCAGCCUGGGGUGUGCUUCAGGCUCCUCCCUCUAAGGGGCGCCAUGGGAACAGGCUCCAGAGGCAGCCGGCAUCUGAAAGGCCGCCGGGACCUGGUGCAGCGCCAGAGGGGCCUCUGGAGCAGGCCUGGCUUUUAAAUGGGGGGCUGAAUUCCAGCUCACACACACCUCAAGUCCAACCUUACUUUCUUCAGCCAGAAUACAUUUCUUGUAAAACCUGGCUUGUUGCUUGGCUUUUAAAGAUCGUGUAUGUUUGUAAAAAUAUUCUUCUGGGCUCAAAAGCUAGCUUGAGGGGGCAGAUGCCCCAGGGGUCCCAGCUCCACAGCCCCUGGCAGAUCCCAGACCCCUUGGUGGCAGGUCCCAGAGCCUAGGUGGUAGGAGCUUGAUCUUUGUUUCUGCCCUUACUCCUCAGUAGUGGGGCUGCGAGGUCGUAGACAGGAUGCCCAGUUAAGUUUGAAUUUCAGAUAGACAAAUAAUUUUAGAAUAAAUAUGUUCUAUCUAAUACUUGGGACAGAUGUUAUUUUUAGAGAUAGGAUCUUGCUCUGUUGCCCAGGCUGGAGUGUAGUGGUAUGAUCAUAGCUCACCGUAACCUUGAACUCCCAGGCUCAAGCAAUCCUCCCGACUUAACUGCCCGAGUAGCUGGGACUACAGGCAUGCACCACCACGCCCAGCUAAUUUUUCUUAUUUUUUGUAGAGACAGGGUCUCU